ACCUUUUCUGGAAACUUCUCGACGUUCUUUAAUAUCAUUUUCAGUUUCAAAUGUUGCAGAAAAAGAAGUACAAGCAAACCGCUGCUUUUCGCCAUAGACUCACUUCUCUCUUUCCCAGAAUGCCCCUCAGACUCCUCAAGACCCCGAGUCUAUCCACCGCCAAAACCGUCCUCCUCCUCCUCUCCGCCGCCUUCAUCAUCUACACUCUCUUCUUCAACUCCUCGCCCCACGCGCCGUCGCUCUUAUGCUCUCGUUCUACUCUCUCUCCUACCACACGCCGCCACAUUCUCUUUGCCAUCGCUACUUCUUCUCUGUCCUGGUCUCGCCGCAAGCCCUAUGUUCGUCUCUGGUACCGGCGUAAUUCUACGCGUGCUUUCGCUUUCGUUGAUCGCAUUGCGCCUGAUUUCGCCUUUGCCGAUCCUUACGUUCCGCCGGUGAUUGUUUCGAACAACACCUCUAGGUUUCCGUACACCUUCCGUGGAGGUCUCCGAUCGGCGGUCAGAGUGGCGCGAGUGGUUAAGGAAAUUGUUGAACUGAAUGAGCCGGAUGUGCGGUGGUAUGUGUUUGGGGAUGACGAUACUUUGUUCUUUGUGGAUAAUCUGGUCAAGACGUUGGGGAAAUAUGACCAUGAGCGUUGGUAUUAUAUUGGGAGCAAUUCGGAGAGUUAUGGACAGAAUUUGAAAAACUCGUUCGAUAUGGCGUUUGGUGGCGGAGGCUUUGCGGUCAGCCAUUCGCUGGCUAGGGUUUUGGCUGGGGUUUUGGACUCGUGCUUGACCAGAUACGGGCAUUUGUAUGGAAGUGAUGCUAGAAUAUGGUCCUGCUUGGUGGAGCUUGGAGUUGGCUUAACUCACGAACCUGGAUUUCAUCAGGUCGAUAUGCGGGGAAAUCUGUUUGGAUUGCUAUCUGCACAUGCAUUGUCACCGAUAGUUUCACUACAUCAUUUGGAUGCCACGGAUCCGAUAUUCCCAAACAUGAAUAACACUCAGGCCGUGCACCAUCUCUUUGAAGCAGUGAAUGUGGAUCCUGGCAGGAUUUUCCAGCAAAUUGUGUGCUAUGAUCGUUCUCAUUCAUUGACUAUUUCCGUAUCGUGGGGUUUUGCUAUUCAGGUCUUCGAAGGCAAUCAGCUUCUCCCCGACCUACUUUCACUGCAAAGAACUUUUAUGCCAUGGAGGAGGGCUGCUACCGUUGAUGCAAAUCGAUACAUGUUUAAUAUGAGAGGCUACCCUAAAGAUCCUUGUAAAAGAAAUAUCUUCUAUAUGCAGAAUUUAAGAUCUAGUAAAAAUAAUGCCUUGACUAACUAUACUAGGAAGAUAGUCACUGAUUGUCCAGCGUCUGGUGCAAUGAAGAACCUAAAACAGAUUCGUGUUUUCUCCCAGAAGUUGGAACUUGAUGUGGAAGAGAUGAAGGCCCCACGUAGACAAUGUUGUGAUGUCAUUUCUUCUUCCAAGGAAUCGAUGCUUCUUGAAGUCAGACAAUGUGGAGUUGAGGAAUUAAUAUCUAUGUAUUCCUAACAAUUUUUGUUAGUUUGUUUGGGAAGGACAGAGUUAUAUAAAAUUUCACCAAUGGUUUCUUCAGCGGGUUAAAGCCAUGUGAACUUUGUUGUGCAGCCCUGCCUUCUUAAUUUAAGGCAAGGGAGAAAGUAAUAGGAGGGGGGAGAUAUACGUAAAAAGAACACAGUUUGGAGUUUCUUCUGGUUUUUUUGAAUUGGCAGCAGAGGUUGGUCAUCUUCUGAGGUACAAGUUUUCAUUUUCUGUUUAACAGGUCGGCUGAUGUUUUGGAUGAAGUUGUUUUUUGGUUAGCCAUGUAAAUAUUUCUCCUGGUUAGCUCUUUUUUAACCAUCAAUAAGAAUGUAUAAUAAUGCGCCAUUUUCAACGCUAAAGCACAUCAACAUAACUUAUGCUAGAAGAGAUUCUUAUCUUUUUCUUU